GCGGUGUCAGACCGGUUCACUCGCCCGGUACUUAGUUUGUGGAACUUUUGGCGACGAAGAUGGAAGCGGAUCCCCGGGACGUGCAGGUAAAACCCGUGCGCGUCAUCGCGGCGGCGUGCAAAGGCGGAGGCAUCGGGAAAAACGGCACGCUGCCCUGGAAUUUACCGUCUGAGUUCCAGUACUUUCUGCGCCAUGUUACGCAAGUCUCAAAACCAGGACGGUUCAAUUUGUUGGUGUGGGGCAAACUGUGCUGGUUCUCCAACCCUCCCACCUCAUUUCCCAUACCCAAUGUUUUGAAUGCCAUCCUAAGCGAAACAAUGGAGACGGUUCCAGAUUUUGCUCACUUCUUGUGCCCGGAUUUGGACAGCGCCGUACUUUUGGCCGCGCGAUACCCCCUCAGCGAAUUGAUCGAGACUAUUUGGAUUGUCGGCGGCACCAGGGUCUACAAGGACGCACUUGAGCAUCCCUGGUGCAAUUUGGUUUUCCUGACGGAUAUCAUGGCUGAUUUUGACUGUGACGUUUUCUUCCCUGAGAUGGAUGCAAAAGUCUUCCAAAAACAGGAAAGAUUCGCAGGCGUUCCGAGUGGAAUCCAAGAGGAGAACGGCGUCAAAUAUCAAUUCCAAGUCUUCAAGAAGAAAGAAUAAGUUCAAAGACAUGAAGAAUGCGACCAACUAACAACCGUGCAGUAUUCCAGUAUUUUUAGUACCAUGUUUGUUUCUAAGGUCAAUGUAGUACCCGAUGUAUUCAUAUAAAUGUUUAUAUAUUACAGUUUAACAGUUUUAUAGCAGCACUUAAUGGGAAUGUUAACUUUUACUUGACAUUUUGAUGCAAUUGUAGUUGCUUGUGCUUCACACUAGAGGGAGGCAAAGCACCAUUUUCAUGAAGUAUGUAACCUAUGAAGAUUUUUACUAAUUUCUAAAAAAGCGGCAUGAAAAAUGAAUAAAUGAAUAACUGAAGGGGUUAAAAAAAAGGCAUAUUUUGUAUCUUCAGUU